GUCAUUACCGACAUGGGGCCGUAGUUAGCAAACAGACGCUGCGGCACUUGGCUUGCUUGUGAGAACCCUUGCGAACACGCAGUUCAGCCGGGGUCAACGAGACUUUCCCAAGCCCCUGGGCCAGGGGCAGUUCCAGGCUUGUACAAGGCCCCUGCAAGGUACCGAAAAGGCAGUCCCGCUUAAGGAGGCUAUCGCCAUGGCCGCUGAGCUCCGAACGCUCGCGAGCCUGUGCCCCGGCCAGGCACAAAUUCGCGAGGUGCUCGUCUCGCAGCUUGGCGCAGUUGUUUUGCUCACCAGCAGCGCCAGUCUCGUGAUUCUGGACUGCCGAAACGGACAGCUUCAGCUUCGCCAUCGCAUCCAAGGGCAGCAAGCAGGCAUUACGGCCAUCGCGCUGUCUGGAAAGGGCUCAGAGCUCAUCGCCGGUGGAGCAGACGGUUUCUUGAAAUGGUGGCACGUCGUGACCGGCGAGGAAUCUUGCAGUUUGCAAUUUCCUAUUGUCCACCGCGGCCGCUCGGACUCGAUCAGCAACGGUAGCGUGACACUUGCAAUCUCGGCGGUGGCAGCGGUGAAGGGAACCAACCUGGUCGCGGCGGCGAGCGGCAGGUCUAUCUGCGUUUUCGGCCCCGGAGGCGAGCACCUGCACACGAUACCCGGGUCCGCAGAGCAGAUCCUGUCCCUGUCAUGGGCGGCGCCGGACCUGUUGGCUGCGGCUGCCGGGCCGGUCCUGCACACAUGGCAGAUCAACCAGUCGCUGUGUGUAGCGGCGGACAUGUACACGCCCACCACCGCCGCGGACAUUGGGCUGCUGGCGUCGUCGCCGGAGGGCAACCGCGUGGCGGCGGCGUGUGACAACGGCUCGAUUGUCAUGUGGACGCUGCAGCCACGGCCGGCGGCCAAUGGCGUCAACGGCGGCUGCGACCCGGAGCCGUACCUGCCCGACCGCACGCUCGCGGAGGGGCUGCAGGCGGAGGUGACCAGCCUUGGCUGGGACGGCGGGGGGCGGUUCCUGGCAGCGACGGUGGGCGGCCGCGGCUUGAUUUGGGACCUGGACGGGGAGUCAAGCAGCAGCGGCGGAGCCGGGCACCUGGAGCCGUGCGAGCUGAGACCCCUAUCCAUGCACGGAGAGCUCGCGCCCGGCGCCGCCGGCAGCAACGGCCAGGGCAGCGCUGCGGUGCCGCGGCUGAUGUGGUGCAAGUUCCAGCCGGCAAGCGGCCUGCUGGCGGCUGGCGACGAGCACGGCGUGGUGCACAUCUUUGACACAGCUGUGCUGCGCACGCCCGCGGGCGCGUCGGCGGGCGCGCUGCUGAGCGUCUGCCGCACCGCCGCCCCGGCGCCGCGGCCGCCCAGCACGCCGCCUGGCAUGGCGGCCGCUGCCGGCGAGGGCGGCCUGGUCGCACCGGGCGGCGGGCUGAUGCCGCUGUCGCUCGUGGGCUGGUACACAGGGCCCCAGCAGCAGCUGCAGCAGCUGCUGCUCGCCUCCGCGGCCGUAGGCGACGUUGCGCUGCUGGAGUUGCGGCAGGGCGGGCGCGGCAGCACCGCAGCGGCCGCUCCGCAGACGCUGACGGCUUCGGGCGCGCGCCGCCCCGCCGGCGCCGAGCCGCCGCCAGCCACCGCCGUGAACAUGUCACCGGACAGCUCAGCUGGCGGUGCACUUGACGACGAGGGAGCUGAGAAGGAUGAGUCCGGCUUGGCUGCCAGCUCGGAGCACUGCGGCCGCCCGCCAUCGCCUGCACACGCGGACGCCGGUGCGGCGGCGGGCGCGGCGAACGGCGCUGCGGACCGUGCCGCCGCCUCGCAACUGCCUGGACAGCAGCAGCAGUCGCAUCAGCCUGGACAGCAGCACCCGCAGCAGGGGCAGGCGCAGGGCGGGCCAGGCCAGCAUGCCGCAGGGCCUGGCCAGGGCGGCCGCGGGCGGGGCCGCAGCAGCAAUAGCAGCCGCCCGGCCUUUGGGUCGCGCGGGCAGGAUGAGAGCGGCAGCGUCAACACGCAGUACCCGCCGGCUGCCUUCAGCGGGGGCAGCUUCAACAACCCGGCGGUCACAGAGCGUGCAGCUGCCGCAGCAGCAGCCGCGGCGGCAGCGGCGGCGGUGGCCACGGCCAACAUUGCGGCCAACUCCACUGCGGCGGCGACUGCGCCACUGGGUGGCGGCGGCGGUGGCGGCGGCGGCGGCGGCUCCGGCUCGGGAACGCCUCCGCGCGGCGGCAUGCACACCUACCCGCGCUACCGGGACAGCGGCAGCGGCGCCACUAGCGGGCCUGGGUCCGCCCUCGGCAGCAGCUACGGCCGUGGCUCCGGCAGCGCCGGCCGCGGCGUGGGCCGUGGCAUGCCGGAUGCAGAUGGGUCGUUUUGGACCACACAGCAGGUGCCGCCGCCGCCGCACCGGCAGUCUGGUAGCGGCAUGUCGUCGUCCGCAGUGGACAGUGAGGGCGGGCCGCCGGAUGCCGUGUACUCGGCGGCUGCCGCAGCGGCUGCGGCAGCUGCGGCGGCUGCGGCAGCGGGCAUGUCGCCCGCCGGCGUCGCGCCGCCACCGCCGCCGCCUCCCCCGCCGCCGCCGCAUUACGCGUCGCAGCGUGGCGGCGGCGGUGGUGCGGGUGGCCGCGAGCGCGGGCCCGACCGUGACCGUGGCAGCAACUGGCACGGCGAGGGCGGGCCCGGCGGCGGCCCGCGCCGCGGCGGCGGUGGCCCUGUGUCCGACCGCAUGCCUCAGGCGGGCGGCGGCGGUGGCGGCCCGGCGGCGGGCGCGAUGCAGAUGAUGCCCAUGUCUGUCAUGCCGGCAGGCGCGGGCGCCGACGCUGGGGCGCAGUACGCCGCCAUGCAAGGCCAGGCCUGGGCCUGGGGCGCCAUGCCUGUGUGGCAGACGCCCGGCGGCGCCAGCAGCGCCGUGCCGUACAGCGUUGCGGGCGGCGCGAUGGCGGCGGCGGGGCCGGGCAUGGCGGCGGCGGCAGUGCCUGGCGGCGCGGCGGCGCUGUCGACUGCCACGUCUGGGCAGAUGCAGUACAUGGCGGUGCCCGUGGUGCUGGGGCCUAACGGCGCCAUGACGCCAGCAGACCCGUCCCAGUACUCUUCCAUGCCGUACUACGUCUAUCCCUCCCAGCCGGGCAUGCAGUACAUGCAGUACACGUACGGCUACUAUCCACAAUACGCGGCGGCGCCGGGCGCCGUGCAGUACCAGGGCAUGCCCGGGCCGGGCAUGGAGCCGGGCGGCGUCCAGGAGCGUGCCGGCGCCGGCGGCAGUGCCGGGCAGCCUGGCGCUGGCGGCGGGCCGGGUCCCAGCGGCGGCGGCGGCGGCCCGGGAGGCCCGGCCGGAUCCUACCAGCGGCGCGGCCGCGGCCCCGCGCCCGGAUCCGGGCCGGGGUCGGCCCUGGGUGGCGUGGACUCGCAUCUGGAGAGCGGCGGCUCCGGCCACAGCUCCGUACUCACCUCGCCUUCCGGGCCUGGCAUGCAGCACCUGCACCGGAGCGGGAGCAACCGCCGCAGCUCCCUCAUGAUCACCGAGGUGCCGGGGGCGCCGGCUGCGGCGUCCGGCAGCAACAUCGGCAGCGGUGGCCCUCGCCGCGGUGCGCCCGAGUCAGGCGCCUCCUCCGGCCCCCCGCCGCGCAACGAGCACCAUGCCGUCGGCGCAGCCGCUGCCGAGCACACCGGCACCUCGGCGCCCACGCAUGCCCACACAGCGCCAACUGCCGCAUCGGCAGCACCCGCUGCCAAGGAGCACCACGGCGGCGGCGGCGGCGGCGGCGCCCACCAGCGCUCGGGCGCCGGCAGCGGCUCGGCGGCGCCCAUGUCGCCGGCGGGCCACCACUCCUCGUCCGCGGCGGCGGCGCAGCGCAUGCCGCCGCCGGUGCCGUCGCCGUCGCCCUCGUCCUCGGUGCAGGGCUCCCCUGUGAACAGCGUCAAGGCGGACAUGGAACAGGGCGGCAACUUGUCGGGCUCGGGCCCGGUGCUGCCCACGCUGCUCAAGGUCGCGGCGACGGAGCCGGCCAAGGACGCGCCGACGCUGCACCAGCCCCAGCAGGGACAAGGGCAGGCUCGCGCGCGCGGCGCGCCGGCCGAGGCCAGCGAGGUUCAGACGGCGGCCAUCGCAGCCGACACAGGCGCGCCCGGCACCAGUGACAGCGCGCGCCCGCCUCGCCCGCCUUCGGCGUCCGCGGGCGCGCCGCCGCACGCUGCUGCGACUUCUGCCGCGGCGGCGGCCGCGGCGGCCGCUGCCGCCAGCUCUGGCGGUGCCCCGGCCCCGCCGCUCAUGCCGCUCAUGCCGAUGGGCAGCGGCCCCGCGGGCCCGCUGCGCACCUCGCCGCACCGCGGCGGCGCCGCCGGCGCCAACCUGCCCGCGCCGCUGGUCACCUCGCCCUUCUCCACCCCCUCCGCCGCCGCCAGCGCCGCUGCCAUGGCCGCGCCGGCGGGCAGCGCGCCCGCCUCCCACGGCGACGGCGCGGGCCCGGCCGGAGGCCCUGCAGGCGUGAGCGUAGCCAUGGGGCUCAGCACCGGCGGCAGCGGCUACGCCGGCCCUCCAGGCGGGGGCCCCGGCAGCGAGGACGACCCGCGUGUGGUGUACGUGGGGAACCUGCCGCCGUCCGCGGACGAGCCGGCGCUGUACGCCGCCUUCUCGCGCGUGGGCUACGUGUCCUCCAUCCAGGUCAUGCGCGACCGCGAGACGGGCAUGUCCCGCGGCUACGGCUUUGUGACCUUCAGCGACGCCUCCUACGCCACCGCCGCCAUGCGCCAACUGAACGGCGUGGUGCUGCCGGGUCUCACCGUGCCGGGCGGCAGGCCGCUCAAGGUGGCGCGCGCCGUCAAGACCUUCCAGCCCACCUACCAGCAGGCGACCUCGCAGGCGCAGCGCUCAGGCAGCAUCCCCGCCUUCAGCAGCAGCGGCAGCGUGGGCGGCCCCGCCGCCGGCCUGCCGGCUGGCCCCAGCACGCCCGGCAGCAUCAGCUCUUCGGGCCCCAUGGGCAGCGGCGCAGUGGGCCGCCAGGGCUCCCACGGCUUCGCGGCUCGCCACGGCUCCAACAUGCCGCAGCAGCAGCAGGGCCCAGGGAUGAUGGUGGGCUCGCCGCAGAUGCCGAGCAUGAUGGCGGCCGCGGGCGGCGCGGGCGCCGGCGGGCACCACGGCGGGCACCAGCCGCCGCCGCCGCCGCACCAGACCUACCUGCACCAAGCCGGUGAGCCGCACCAGGGCCCGGGCGGCGGCGGGCGAGGCGUCCCGGGUGGCGCGGGCGGGCCCAUGGGCAUGGGUGCGGGAUCGGAGUCUUUGGGUGGUGCGCCGCAAUCCUACGGCGGCAGGGCGGGCGGGCCUGGCGGCGGCGGCAGCGGUGGGCAGCACCGUGGGCCUGUUGGCGGCAGCGGCGGCCCUGGCGGAAUGUACCAUGGCGGGGCGGGCAUGGGCGGCCCUGGUGGCGGUGGCGGCGGCGGCGGCCCUCGGGACCGGUACCAGCGCGGCGGCGGCCCCCGGGAUGGCGGCAUGAGCUCGCUAGGCGGCCCGCAUCAGCCCGGCGGCGGCGUGACGGGCGCUGGCAUGGGCCGGCAGCAGCCGGGCGGCCACGGCGGGAUGGCGCAGCAGCAGCAGCAGGCGGCGCAGCAGCAGCAGCAGCAGUCCAUGCAGGUGGCGGGCAUGGCGGCGGCGCACGCGCCGCACGACAUGGCGGCGGCGGUUGGCCAGCAGCCGCAGUACGUCUACUACUACGUGCCGCAGGCCAGCCCGGUGGGGCAGCCGCAGUACUACUACGCGGCGGCUGGCGCCGCGCCUGGCGGCGCCGGCGGCGCAGCGCAGGGCGCGCAGUACGCCAUGUAUGGGGCGCCGGCCGCGGCCGGCGGCGCGGCGGGCGGCAUGCAGGGCGCGACGGCGGCGACCACCGCGUACUUCUAUGCGCCGGCUGGCAUGGCGGCGCCGCCGGGUAUGCAGUAUGUUUACGCGACAGCGCCGGGUGCGACCGGCCAGGAGGCGGGCCACGCGAUGGGUGGCGGGAUGGGCUACUCGCGCCACAGCGGCGCGAGUGGCCCGGGCAUGCAGCCGCCACCGCCGCAGAUGGGUCAUGGAGGCGACAAGUGAGGGGCGCAUGCGAGGACAGAGGAGGAGUACAGAGUGCGGGAGAGCCGUGCCACGCUUGCUUAUCGCCGUCGCGUUGAUCAGAGCGCUUUGCGCAGGGAGGGAGUAGCGGCAGUGCGUCUGCGUCGCAUGGCGCUGCGUGCACGCAAGAGUGUUCAUAGUCUGCCCAUUGCGGGCUCGCAUGCUUGCCGGAUGCCAGUUGUGGGUAUGGAAUGGAAGUACCAUUGCGUUAUGUGGAUACUGCGCACUCGAGUUGGGGAAGUCGGGGUGCUGUCUUGAGCGCUAGUCUUCGGGAGUGUGUGGUGGGCUGCGUGGCCAGCGUCACUGCAGCGCCAGUUGGUUGGCCUUGGCUGCUUUAACCCUGCUCCCGGUGUCCAACGCGUAACGGCCCGUGGCGAGGUGAAAGUGAGCCAGUCGAAGGAAAGGGAGUGCAGUGAGUCUCCCAGGAGACGCAGAAGUGGACGAAGCGGAGGCGUUGCCGUGCGGUUGUGGUCCUGACAGGGCCGUUGGGACCAGGUGAACAAGCAAGGUUGUUGCGGCAGCUUCAUAGCGGCCACGUGUAACGGCUGUGAGUGCACGCCGCGUCUCUCAAGUUGUGUGCCCCACAUGGUGAAUGCGAGUUGGUGGGCCGCGCUGCACGAAACCGGCUGCAGCUCCGUAGGUCGCGUGUGGCCCGCGAGUGCCGCCAGCGCGUCGCUGCCUGUAGGCUGUGGCGAAAUGAGCGAGGGCCAGGGUUGAACGGGGUGUGCUGCACUGCUGCAGUGAAGAAUCUUGGAGAAGCAGGAAUGCUGACGUACAGGUGGAUCCUGACGCUUGGGCGCUUGGCACCUCGUGCAUCAGCGUUGUAUGAGC